AUGUCGGGCAAGAAUGCCGAAAAGCUGCAGCAGUGGGAGGCGCGCAAGUCGCAGUACACCAACACAUGGAAGACGGGCCUGAUGGCGAGCCCCUGCGCUGAUCCCCUGUGCUGCUGCGCGGCGCUGUGGUGCGGAUGUUGCACGUCGUGGUACAUGAGGAAGAAGGCCAUGCACGGCAGCCUGGAGGGAUAUACAUGCUGCAAUGGCGCUUUCCCAUGCUCAGGGAAGUGUGGUGAGAGUGCUUGCCCGGAGGCCUGCUUGUGUCUGGAGACCUGCUGCUGCUUCGGCACAUCUGUUGCGGUCACACGGUGGAUGAUCCAGGACGAGCUGCACAUCCAGAACACCCAGUGUGACAACUGCAUCAUCGGAACUAUGAUCUUCUUCCAGCAGCUGGCUUGCAUCUGCAACAUUAUAGCAUGUCUUACUGACAAUGAUGAGAUAGAGCUGAUUGCGGAGGUCAUCGACCUGAUUGCUGAGCUCCUCUGGUGGACUGUGUGCGCCUGCAUGCAGACUCAGCACCAUGUGCAGCUGAAUGAUCGUGACAAGAACGGAGGAGGAGGUGUGCAGCAAGUACCUCGUGCUAACGAGAUACAAGGCCAGGUCCCACCAGGCUACCCUGCACCCCAGCAGCAGAUGGGCGCAAACUACAAUCCACAGGGAUACAAUCCGCAGGGCCAACCUGCGGGUUACCCGCAGGUUCAGGCGCCCGGGGGCUACCCCCCCCAGCAGGGGUACCCUCCGGCCAGCUACCCACCUCAACAGGGGUACCCCCCAGCCAGCUACCCACCUCAACAGGGGUACCCCCCCGCCAGCUACCCAGUCCAGCAGGGCAUGGCUCGCUGA